AUGGAGGCCCUGCAGAGGCAGCAGGCAGCAAGGCUGGCCCAAGGGGUGGGGCCCUCGGCCCCUCCUCGACUACCGCUUCCACAGCCUCCUCUGCUUGACACCCGGACCCUACAGGCUCCUGAGGGGGCCUUGGGGGUGAUUGGGGCUGAAGAAGAGGAGGAGGCUGAAGAAGAUGAGGAGGGAGUGGCACCCUUGGCAGAAGAGGAGGCGGCUGAGGAGAGACAUCCAGGAACCCGAUGUCCCAACGCAUCUUCCAGCCAGCCCCCUGGAACUCAAGCACAUGAGUGGACCUAUGAGGAGCAGUUCAAGCAGCUGUAUGAACUCGAUGCGGACCCCAAGAGAAAGGAAUUUCUGGAUGACCUGUUUAGCUUCAUGCAGAAGAGGGGGACGCCAGUGAAUCGGGUGCCCAUCAUGGCGAAACAGGUGCUGGACCUGUAUGCAUUGUUUCGCUUGGUGACAGCCAAGGGCGGCCUAGUGGAGGUCAUCAACCGAAAAGUAUGGCGAGAAGUCACACGCGGCCUCAGCUUGCCCACCACCAUCACCUCUGCCGCCUUCACCCUCCGCACCCAGUACAUGAAGUAUCUGUACCCGUACGAGUGCGAGACGCGGGCACUCAGUUCCCCAGGGGAGCUCCAGGCCGCCAUAGACAGCAACCGGCGUGAGGGCCGUCGCCAGGCUUACACCACGGUCCCGCUCUUCAGCUUAGCCGGGCCCACGCCUCGGGGCGCUCCCGGCCCCGCCUCGAGUCACGGCCCCGCCCCAGCCGCGAGCCCCAGCUGCCCAAGUCCCGCCCAGGGUUCCACCUCUGGCUUGCCGGCUCACGCUUGCGCUCAACUGAGCCCAAACCCUGUAAAGAAAGAGGAGAGCGGAAUUCCACCCCCGCGUCUGGCGCUUCCUGUGGGCUUUGCCUUGGAGGCUGCCCAGGAGAAGCUGGCACCAGAAGAACCUCCAGAGAAGAGGGCUGUGCUGAUGGGCCCCCUGGAUCCCCCUCGGCUGAGGGCACCCCCCAGUUUCCUGCCCCGUGGCAAGGCUCCCCUGAGGGAAGAGCGAUUGGAUGGGCCCCUCCGUCUGGCAGGCAGUGGCAUCAGCAGUAUCAACAUGGCGCUAGAGAUCAAUGGGGUGGUCUACACUGGUAUCCUCUUUGCUCGUCGCCAGCCUGUGCCAGCGUCCUUGUAUCCAACCAAUCCCCCACCCCCACCCUCUACAGGCCCCCCUUCCAACACCUUGCCCUGAAAGCAGCUGCUGAGAGCUAAGAGUCCCAGUAUCGUUGCUGAGGGGAGAAAAGGUACCGUCCCACCUUGAUUCCUUGAGGAUGUGAUGCCCAAUCUAGGAUCCAGUCCUGGGAGAUGUCAGCAUGCCGCCUCCACACCAAAGGGGUUUCUUAUGUUCCACCUACCUCACUGUAAAAGGAGGACACCAAGUCCCUAGCUAGUCCAGCAGCAUCUACCAAAGAGCUCUUCCCUCAAUAACCCCUAUCACCCUCUCAUGUGACCCACCCCUGUGACAGUGUCAUCUUUGGUAUUCUACCUCUAUGAGUCAAUUCUCCUUUCUCAGAGGCAGGUGGAGGAUUGAAUUUGAAUGUGAAGCUGUCCUUUGGGUUGCAUCUGGAAAAUAAAGCUGUGCUU